AUGAGUAAAAAAGAUGAAAUUCCCAUGAGUAACAUGUUAGUAGUCGAAAUUUUUGAUGUAUGGGGAAUAGAUUUCAUGGGUCCCUUCCCAUCAGUUGAAAAAUAUGAAUAUAUUUUGCUUGCUAUUGAUUAUGUGUCGAAGUGGGUGGAAGCUAUUCCUACUAGAACUAAUGAUCAUAAAAUCGUGAUAAAAUUUGUGCAGGAAAAUAUUUUUCGAGAUUUGGAUGUCCUAGAGUGAUUAUUAGUGAUGGAGGAACACAUUUUACAAAUAAACAUUUCAGGGAACUGUUGAAAAAGAAUAGAGUACACUAUAGAGUAGCAACUCCAUAUCAUCCCCAAACAAAUGGGCAAGCUGAAGUAGCAAAUAGGGAAAUUCAGAUAAUUUUGAGAAAAAUAGUUAGACUAGAUAGGAAAGAUUGGCCCACGAAAUUACAAGAUGCAUUAUGGGCUUAUAGAACAGCUUAUAAAAAUCCCAUAGGUAUGUCCCCAUUUCGUCUCAUUUUUGGAAAGCCAUGUCAUCUUCCUGUGGAAAUAGAGCAUAAAGCAUUAUGGGUUAUAAAAAAUUUAUGUAUGGAUGAAAAAUCAGCUGGUGGGCAUAGAAUUUUCAGCUACAUGAACUAGAGGAGUUGAGGAAUGAAGCUUAUGAAAAUCAUAGAAUAUAUAAAGAAAAAACUAAAAAUUUUCAUGAUAAAUACAUUAGCAGAAAAAAAUUUGAUGUUGGACAAAAAGUGUGGUUAUAUGAUUCUAGGCUGAAAUUAUUCCCAGGAAAAUUAAAAUCAAAAUGGAAAGGGCCUUAUGUGGUGGAAGAGACAUAUGAUCAUGGGGCUGUAAUGAUUAAAGAUCCUAAAAGUGAUCAUAACUUUAAGGUAAAUAGACAGCGGCUUAAACAUUACAUAGAACAUGAACGCCUUGCAGAAAAAGAAAUUUUAUUAUUAAAAGAAAUUCAAGAGUAAGAUCAAGGAGUCCAGCUGGAGACAUUAAAUUCAGUGUUGCAUGGGAGGCAACCCAUGGUUUUUAUUUCAUUUUGUUUGAUUUUUUUUUAAGCUCUGUUUUUCUUAGAAUUUCGCAGUACAUGUUUCUGUAUUUGUUUUUUCGAAAAAGUGCAGGAGGAGGCAUGUAAGAUGAAGUGGAAAAUUAAAAAUGAGGUUGAGGUGAUGUCUUUCGGAGGUUUAUCAUUUAUGACAACAUUUUAAUGCUAAACUUUGCAUAUAUGCAUGCUUCACUUGAAAAUUAUAUUUUCUGCAUAUUCUGUUUCGAUUUUUCUGUUUCAUUGAGGACAAUGUCAUUUUUAAGUUGGGGGGUGAAGUGUUCAUUAUUAAUUUAUGCUGUAAGACGAUUAAGAACAUGUGUUUGCAUUUUAUUCAACUUAGAACAACAACUAAAAAAAUAAAAAAUAAAAUAAAAUUCGGAAAAACUGCAACAUCUAUUUUCUAGUUUUCUAUCAGGAACAACAGACUAUCAAAAACAGUAGACAAAAAACAGCCCAAAAUUUGAAAUUCUAGAGACCUUUUUCUCACAUUUCAAUCCCCUAGACAUAUAUUACUGAAAUUCGAAAUUAAAGCUAUAAAGAGGAUAGUUUUGAUUUAUUUUUGACAAAUUUAAUGCUGCUAAAAAUAGAACUGAAAACAAAAAACAGAACUGUCAGAACUAUCUAAUUUACAAAUUUCUUACAUCAUAUUGCAUGCAUGAAAAAUUAAAUCAAUUAGAUUGAUUGAUACCAAAAGAUACUAGGAAGAUUAUUAUUGAGUCAAAAGAAUAAUCUAGUAGCAUGAAAUGUUGGAAUACUCUUUGGAUACAUGAUAGAUAACAUGGAUUUGAUUUUAUAGAUUUUCACUUCAUGAUCUUGAUGGAUAAUAUUUACUUGAUGUGAAAAUUUAAUUGAUCAUUUGAGUUUAACAGAGAUUUUUGCACCUAGAUCUAUAGGACUUGUGAGGAGAAAUCACUUAUUUCGAAAAAAAAAAAAAAGAGAGAGCAAUAUGAAAAAUCUAGAAACGAAGAGUACACAUGGAAGGUGUGAGACAUCAUUCUCAUUGUCGAAAAUUGUGUAUAGAAAAACACUUGCUGCAAAAUAAGUGGAUAAAGUGAAAGCCCUGAAAAUGAAGAGUACACAUGGAGGGUGUGAGACAUCAUUCUUAUUGUCGAAAUUUGUCUAUAGGAAAAGCUACUUAUCCACUAUAUAUAAAGAAAGAAGAAAUAUAGUGCAAACUUCAAAAAUCAAGCCAUAGAAAAAGGGAAAUGUAAGAUCAAUAUUAUUCUUGGAUGAGUAUUGAUAAUUGAAACAUCUUGCAAAUACAUCUAUGAGUGAAGAAGUGAUAAAGAUAUGAAUAGAAGAAGUGAAGUCUAGAUUGUUAUUCCAAGGAGUGUUUAAACAUUUAAGUGCUUGACACCAUUCUUAAAUACUUGGUAUAAGAAUCCAAAGUGUCUAAAGGUGAAUCAUUUCUAAUUGUAUUUUUUUUUCUUUCUAUAUUCAAAUAUGAUGUUUGAGAUUUGUAAAUUUUUUAUUUUCGUAAUUCCAUUGCUAAGGGACUAGCAAUGAUUUAAGUUGGGGGGUGUGAUAACUCUUCAUUAUCAUGAGUUAAUAAUUAGUAAAUAAUAUAAUUUUAGCCUUAACUCGUGAUAAAUAGACUUAUAUUUGUGUUAAAGUAAGUAGUUUUCAAUUGAUUAAUGUGAUUUUUUGGAUAAUUAUGUGAUUUUAUACGAAUUUUUAUGAUUUUUACAGUCUUACUUUUGAGAUAAAUGAAGAAAAAGGAAUAAAACUAAAAUAUUUCAAAAUGGGGGGACCCGCUGGCCAGCUGGGCCCCCAAGUAGGUCAGAAGCUCAGUCGGGGAGUAGCCGCGAGCAGGGGCUCGAGCGGCUUGGACCGAUAGGGGCACGUGUGCGCCACUCCCCUUCCACAUCACUGGUGGCCAGCCGAUUGUGGGGCAAGGAGUGGUCGUACACGCGAGAGAAGGAACUUUACUUAGAAAGCUAACAUUACUAUAUAUUCGCCUGAAAAAUUGGUGCACAACCGAUGUGGGACUAAACCCGCGUCACACCUUCCUCAGAAGAGGCGGGCGACCGGCGUGGGUUCGAGUCCUUCUAGAGUCAAAAGUCAUAUAUUUUUAUCUGAUUAUCUUGACUUUCCUGUAGAUCGCUUGUGAAGGAUUAAGCAACGAGAAUCGCUGGAUCAUCGGCGAAAAUCUCGUCAACACGAUUCGCGGAGGAUUGCUACUAAAAUUGCUGAACGAUUCACGAUAAAAGGAUCGCGAAUCCAUCGAGUAAAUCAUCUCUAAUUGAUCGACGAACAAGUUGUCGUCAAGAAGAGGACGAUCCGCCGAGGGACGAGUCGCCACCUCCUGAGAGCGUACCAGAUGCGAUGAAGAGCCUCCUCUUGCUGCGCGGACCUGAGGAUGAAGCUCCCUGACACGCACCCCACCUCCAUCCAGCUCCUCUCCGUCAGGUGACAGCCGCCGGAGAGCCGCAAAGUCGCCAUUUUUCCGCUCCACCGGGUGACAGCCGCCAGAGACGACUUGAUGACCCAUUUCAUUAAUCUCUAGACUUCGCGAGAAGAUCUAGAGAUUGCCCACGUCGUCUUUGUCCAAGGAGAGCCUUCGAGGCCGUGGACACCACACGACGGUCCUCCCAAACGCUCAGGAUUCUAGUGCAUCGCCGACGCAUUGCCGUCGCGACGCCGGAACUCUGUUUUCCUACUUUCAACUUACUUUACGCUUCAUUUAGUGAUAGUUUUUGUGAUUUUAAUUUACCAAAAUAUAUUUUGUUCUAUUACGAUUCUUCUGACUUUUACAGAUCUUAAUUUGAUUAAUUAGAUCGUCUAUAAUCGCUUACGUACGAAUCACCGAGCGGAACUCUGUUUCCGCCCGUUUCACGUUCGCCGGGCGCUGACGUCAUCCUGACGUCUGCACCCUUAAACAUAUUUCCUUUUCAUUUCCUAGUAUACAAUUCAUAGAAAAUUAUAUUCAUUGAGAAAAAUUUUGAAUAAUUACCAAAUAUUAUAUUACAUCCUUGUGAUCGACUUGGAAAAUUACUACUAUUUUUGGAAGUUUUAUUGAAUUAUAAUUGAUAUAUUUGUUCAGAAAUAAUUCUAAAUAUCCGAAAAAUUGUAUUUUCUAGUUUUAUAAAUUUUAGAUUUGCGUGAUUUAAUAUACAACGACUAAGUCACGUCAGUUACCCUCUUUCAGUAUGCUUCAGUCGUUGCCUUGCUUCUUUUCGUUCCCUUUUUGUAAAAAAAAAUUUCAACAAGAAAAAAAUAAAACAAGAGUUAAUUUUUUUUGUGUACUCUAAGAGAAAAACAGAAAAAUACUAAAUGUAUGCAAUACAUCCCCGGCAACGGCGCAAAAAUUUGAUGUGACUUAGUCGUUGUAUAUUAAAUCACGUAAAUAUAAAUUUUCUAAAACUAGAAAAUACGAAUUUUUGGAUAUUUUGAAGUAUUUCUUAACAAAUGUUUCAAUUAUAAUUCAAUAAAACUUCCAAAAAUAGUAGUAAUUUUCCAGGUUGAUCACAGGGAUGUAAUAUAAUAUCUGGUAAUUAUUCAGAAUUGUCUGCAAAGAAUACUAUUUUCUAUGAGUUUUAUAUUAGGAAAUGAAAAGGAAAUAUAUUUAAAAUUCACAAAAAAGAAAAUAAGGGUGCGGACGUCAUGAUGACGUUAGCGCUCGGCAAAUGCGAAUCGGGCAGAAACAGAGUUCCGCCCGACGAUUCUUACAUAAGUGAUUACAGACGAUUUAAUUGAUGAAAUUAAGAUCUGUAAAAGCUAGAAGAAUCGUAAUUGAGUGAAGUAUAUUUUGGUAA